UUUGUUCAGUUCGCUUCGAGCCUUCAGUGCGGCAAGCUCGUCCGGGCGGUGGUGUACUCACUCCUCCAAGUGAAAUAAAUAUAUAAUAUUACCCAAAAAAUCAGGAAUUGUUAAUCUGUGUUCAUGAUUAAUUGCCCAUCGAGCCCAUAAGUGUUUCAAUCCAUUUAAUCGACGAAUAAAUUUACGUGAAAAAGUUCAAGUUCAUGCGGAGGUGCCACUGUCAACCGGAGAGAUAUAUUUUCUAUGCAGGUGAUUACAAAGGAAUUGUAUUAAAAUUACUGUAGCGUCCAAAGAAUAUUAUGAUAAAUCAAAGAUGGAGUCUGAGAACGGGUCUCUUCCUCCUCUGUCUAGCCAUAAUUUCACACAACACUUUAGGAGCCGUUUUAAGGGACGAUAAUGAUCGAGCCAAGCGAGAAGCUGAAGUAAGAAAAACGAAUUGGACUGAAUUAGCGGACAAAUGGCUGAAGGCAAAGGGCAGGAUCGAGGAUAAAUUUGUGACUGUGGUACCAGACAACGGGGAAGUCAGAAAUCUUCCACCGACUCCAGAGACCAUCGUCGACGGAAUCAGCCUGGAGGACAUGCGCCGGACGAAUUAUUCGAGGAUGCUCUGGGGUAUGGAAAAUGCUCAGCAGCUCUCCCUGUUCGACAAGGCCCUGAAACUCCUGGACCUGCGACAAGUUAUGUUCGAAGUGGAGACCUCGGUGAUGUCCAAGGUGUCCUGCUCAGCUUGCAUAGCCGGAGCUGGACUCCUCCAGCACUACAUUAAAUCUGGAAAAACAGAUAAAGAAAUCAUGAGCAGCAUCUACCAGUUCUGCGUUUCCCUCAAUAUUCAGAGUCCCAGGGUGUGCCAGGGGGUGACUCUGCUCUUCGGGGGGGAAGUUAUUUACGUCCUGAAGCAAGUGAACAUGGAUGCCAGUCAGAUCUGCAGUUUCGUCAUCGGUGAUGCAUGCGAUGACAAAUACAACCCCCAACACGAGUGGGAAAUAGCUUUUCCACCGGUUAAAAAACCUCCUGUGAUUCCCCCAGCUCCACCGAAGGAGGGAUCGCGGACAUUCAAAGUCCUCCACAUAUCAGAUACCCAUUACGACCCCUAUUAUCACGAGGGUACCAACGCUGUAUGCAAUGAACCCCUGUGCUGUCGGCUGACUAAUGGUCCUCCCACCACUGCUGCUAACGGCGCCGGGAAAUGGGGCGACUACAGGAAGUGCGACACACCAAAGAGGACAGUCGAUCAUAUGCUCAAGCACAUCAACAGCACGCACCCUGACAUCGACUACAUCCUCUGGACGGGCGACCUGCCCCCUCACGACGUGUGGAACCAGACUCGUGAAGAGAAUCUCAAGAUCCUGAAGGACACCGUGACCCAGAUGAUCGAGACAUUCCCUGGUGUACCAAUAUUCCCUGCCCUGGGAAAUCACGAGUCAGCACCAGUGAACAGCUUUCCCCCAUCGUUUGUCCCAGAGGAGAACAGCAUAUCCUGGCUGUACGAUGAACUGGACAAGCAGUGGAGACGAUGGCUACCCGCUGGUGUCUCUCACACUGUCCGACGCGGUGCCUUCUACUCAGUCCUGGUGAGACCCGGAUUCAGGAUCCUCUCGGUCAAUACCAAUUACUGCAAUAAUAAGAAUUGGUGGCUGUUGAUUAACAGCACUGAUCCAGUUAAUGAACUUCAGUGGCUCGUUUACGAACUCCAGGGGGCGGAGAUGAACGGGGAAAAGGUUCAUAUCAUAGGGCACAUACCACCGGGACACUCGGAUUGUCUCAAGGUCUGGUCUAGGAAUUAUUACAGCAUCAUCAACAGGUAUGAGUCAACAAUAACAGCGCAAUUCUUCGGUCACACCCACUACGACGAAUUUGAAUUGUUCUACGAUACCUCGGACCUCGGUCGGGCUGUCAGCAUAGCCUACAUCGGGCCCUCGGUGUCGCCCUACUACGAUCUCAAUCCAGGAUACAGAAUAUAUUACGUCGAUGGGGAUGACAAGGCCACCACGAGAAUGGUCGUUGAUCAUGAAUCCUGGGUUAUGAAUCUCAAAGAAGCUAAUCUCUACAAUUUUCCAAUUUGGUAUAAAUUAUACAGUGCACGACAGGCGUAUCAGAUGUCCUCACUUCUGCCGAGGGAUUGGGACUCCCUCAUUGAUAAGAUGACUCACGAAGCCUCCAAUUUUGAUCUUUAUUACAAACAUUAUUACAAAAAUUCUCCGGUACGACCGCCUUGCAAUGACGAGUGUCGCAAGCGAUUGCUCUGUGAUCUUCGAAGUGGUCGCAGUCACGACAGGAAAGCCCUCUGCCAAAGCCUGGAGUCCCGAAUUGACGGCGAGACACGAACUGGGUGGAGAGAAUGGAUCUACAAUGGUCUAGCAUUAUCGUACGUACAUGAUUGGUGGAUGGAACGAUAUUAUAACGGGGAUACUGGCACGAAUAACAUCGCAUAUCAUCCAGAGACCAGUAGAUAAUUCGUAGAGCAUGAGAUACUAAAAUAUUCCCUAAUUUCAUAAUUAAUUAAUCCAAAGACUUUCGGGGAGAAGCCGAAGGAAAUUCACUAAAAUACUUCCCCAGUUUUGCUGUCACCUCUCCUUCAUUUCACUUUUCAGCUAAUUUAGUCUAAUAUAUUUUGCAUUAUUUAAUUCACUGAGACUGAAGGCACCAACGAUUGUGAUAAGGGCCAAUGAUUGAAGGCAAGUGCUAUUUAGAGAUAAUUUUGCAACCGCUCUAAUUAAGUGGAUGAUGGACCUUCGGGGAGGGAGACAAAAUGAAAUAUGAAGAAGAACGUCGACCUAAGGGAAUUAAAAAAACCUUUGUGGCUUUUCGUUGAGGGUCUGAGGGUCAAAGAUCGCGCAUUCGACGCAUUUUUUAAGUCGUUUGACCUUUGUAACCCUUCAAUCCCCAAUCUUCAACAUCCUCGAGGGUCUUCCAGCCCUCAAGACCGCGUGACCCUUGACUCCAGGAGUUCUGAAGGGGUAUUUGACCCUCAGAACUCUUUGACUCACAAACAAAAAUAAUCUGGAGGGCUGAACCCGUCAGUUUCCUCAGUUAAUUUUUUUUCAAUUUGGUGGUAUCAUUUUUCAUGUUGUCUUGUCUUGUUCGCCCUUGAAAAGGGUUUUGGGUGUGGAGAAUGCAAUAGAUGAGUUUUUUUUAACAUAAAUUUAUCUUACUAAUAAGUAUUUUUAAAGGGAAAUCUAUCUGACAUUUCCAACUGUCUUUAUUUUCAUUUCGUUUAAUUAUUGUUUCAGGAAAUUUUUUUCUAAAAAAAAUUGAUGAUCAGCUAAUACCUAAAGUACUUGUAGCACCUUCAGUCAUCCUAUCAGCUUUAAUAGUUAACUGUGUGUAUUUUAACAAUAACAACUUCGUGACGUCUAAGACUCUAAUUGUUCUACGACGCUCGAUAAGAAUCGAGGAAAAUUGUACAAAAAACGGGUGAAUUUACUGAAUAAAAUGUGGUUGGAAUUGAGGGAGCUUUUGCGAAAUCGCUGUAUAUAAUCGGCGCUUCAGUUUACUCCAGAAACGUGAGACAAUGGGAUUUACAAAUCUAUUUCUCCUCGAUUUGUUGUAAAAUAUUUUUUAUGUGAAGCUCCCAGAUUUGCAAAUCCUAUUAAUUUUUUUGUACAGCCUUAACCGGUGGUGGAAACUACAAUGGUGAUAGGUAUCUACAGCACUUUGUAAGUAAAUUACGAUAAUGAGUUCCUCAAGAUUUUUUUAUUAAUUAUUCUUUCUCUGUAUCAUUAGGAUGUCUGUGGUCAUGGCGAUACCAAGAUUUGCGUACAAUUUACCCAAGUACGUCCUAGGAUUGGGCUAGAAUGGACCGAGUACUGCCAAAUGAGAAAAAAAGUUUUUGUGAUUUGAUUAAUUUAAAAAAUCGCAGAUCCUUGCGAUUUUUUUUCGUAUUCAAUUUAUCGAGCGUCGCAGGAAAUUCGUGAUCUCCUGCUACGUAAACAUCGACGAUAAUCGAUGGAUAAUUUUUAUUAAGUUGAGAAAUUGCGUCAAAAGAAAAUUAAUGUCAGAAGAAAAACGAAAAAUUCAAUGACACGGUAGUAUUACAAUAAUUUUUACAAAUUGUUGUCAAUUUUUGAAUAUUCGUGGGAAAAUAUUAUUGAUUGAGAUCUAACGAAAUUGACGACGAGAAAUACUUCAACUGGUGCAACUUUCGAGAGGAUAAAAAUGUGAUUGUGAUGAUCGAAAAAACCGAUGGCAAAUAUUCCCUAUUUAUUUAUUGGAUUAUUCAAGUGACAUUGAAAUUUCCCGAUCCAUCGGUUCUUUCGAUGCAUUCCAAGGAGGACAACCGGCGAUCUGUAUAUAAUAAUGUAGAUGUUGAUUAUUUAUGUUGAGAAUCAAUUUUUCAUACAACAAGAUUUGUUAAUAAUAUACAAACAUUUUUUACACGA